AUGUCUCUCCGUCGAAUCAUCUUAAUUUCGACAACUCUCUAUCUACUUCUUCCAUUCGUUUUAAGUUCGGGAAAUAAUCCUUAUUUUGAUCCAAACAUUCCAUCAUGUGUUGCCUGUGAAAAAGAAUACCCUUCUAUCGAUUCAUGUACGGAAUCUAAUGAAAUUUUUCAAAAUGCUUCUUCGGUUUUGUUUGAUCCUCUACAAUUUGUUAAUGCGAUCCGUUGUGCUUGCGCUGACACGUUCUUAUCCGUAUAUCCGCUAUGUAUAGAAUGUUUUCGAAGGACAGGUCAGCCGGAUACAUUAUUGAAUACAGAAGUUCCUCCAACGAUAGAAACGAUUAGAGGAGUUUGUCAGACUAUAAGUGCAACUAAUGGAAAUGCUAGUAAUUAUGAUGCUACGGCGACGAUGACCCCUUUAAGUCCAUCCGAUCGACCUUGGAUGAAUUCUGCAAAUUCAUCUAAAGGAAUGUUAUGGAUCAUAAGUUUCAUUGUGUUAACUUCAACGUGCAUGUUAUUCUUACAACGGUUGGAUCAAUAA